GCACCCUCAGCAUGGCGGGCGAGCGGGCGAUACGGGCAGGAAAGUGUUACGAGAAGUCAAAAAGUCGUCCUCUUUUCAAGGGGGGGUCAACCACCCCGGCGAAUAGCGUGCACGUGUAUCCCCAUUUCGAGGCGCAGUCCAAACGGGCACUGCUUGAAACCCACCAGCGCACGCCUACGGUCACUUCACUGAGCGACUGUUUAAGCCCUCGAUGUGAGAGCUAAAAUCUAGUCGGCCAGAUGUGGGGAAAUCUUGACUGAACGCCCGCGAUCCCCACAACCGAGCUGAUCAUCUAGACAUCCACGAUUUCCAAGGUUAACUCGAGCAUUGUGGUGGUGGUAUCCUCAGCACGGGUUGCGCCGGGGCACGAGCGAGUUCUACUUAGUUACUGGGAGGGUGUGCGCCACUGCUUCACUCCGUUUGUUCAUUUGCGCCCCGAGCCCGGUCGUACCCCCGAGCUAGUGCCGUGCGAUCCUGCCAUCUUUCGCUCAACCCGAACUGCAUCAUGUUGUGUUUGGAUGUGUUUCAAUAAAUAAACUGUGGAGUUUUCAAUUGGCUGACGCCGACACUACUGGGAAAUUUACAAGGACGAAUUAUUGCUGUCCAACCAAGCAGCCAAAAUUCCGCCUGACCUGCCUAUGUCCGCACCACCUUACAGUUUCCAACCAGAUUGCAACCAGCCGCUUCCAGCGGCUACCGCACCCGCCAGCAUGGCCACACAACGUUUCUGCCUGCGCUGGAACAAUCAUCAGUCCAAUCUCCUCUCAGUCUUUGAUCAGCUGCUGCAUGACGAAAGUUUCGUCGACGUCACGUUGGCCGUUGAAGGGCAGCUGCUGAGGGCGCAUAAAAUGGUGCUGUCGGCUUGCAGCCCUUAUUUCCAAGGCCUGUUCAUGAACCAUCCGGACAAGCAUCCGAUUGUUAUCCUGAAAGACGUGCCCUACAGCGAUAUGAAGUGUCUGCUCGACUUUAUGUAUCGUGGGGAGGUCAGUGUUGAUCAGGACAGAUUGACGCAUUUCCUUCGAGUGGCCGAGAGCUUGAGGAUCAAGGGCUUGACUGAGGUGAAUGAGGAAAAGUGCGAUAACAUCGCCAAUUCCUUAAGCCAGCAAAACGCGAAAAUCCCCAACCUGCAACGUAUCCAACAGCAGCAAAACAAACGGUUUGCUGCUGCUGCCACCGGCUCCAUGAACAUGCUGGGCAACUACCUGAUGCAACCCAAGAGGAAACGAGGUAGGCCUAGAAGGUUGUCGGGCAAUUCUAACGGGGACGAAUCGGAGGCCAAGGACUCUAUAGUUCACGGUAGUCCGGAAAUGCUGGAAGUUAAAAUGGGUAUGGACGGUUUUACAGGAAACAACUCCGACGGCAGUACCAACAAAGAGGAUGAGGAUGGCCUCAAAGUUAAAGAGGAGGAAGACGAACCCGUAGCUGGAACCUCUCAGGAGGGUUUUAGCGAGCGGCGGAACUCCGACGAUAUGCCCGUUGAAGACUACCUGGACUACUCCCAAGAAAACAACCAAAACCACACGAAUCUGCCGUCCUCAUUGACGGUGAAUCUUGAGGUGGUUCCUCAAAAGCAAGAAACCGUCAUUAUCUCAACAGAAGAAGCGAGAAAUAUGCUCAAUCUGGAGCAAAUUAAAGUGGAAGCUGUGGAAGUUAUGGACACCAAGCCGGAGGUGAGUCUGCUGCCACUGGCCUUGGAGCCGGAAGUGAGUGCAGGCGUGCAUUUUUUGACCGAUGAGGAUUCUUCGAAGAGCGAGGAAAACUACGAGAAGAAAAAAUGGGAGUUUUUGGAGUACAUGCCACAAGCCGAUGGUAGUGUGGUUUGCAAGAGGUGCGGCGAAGUUUUGGCCUCCAGAACUCACUGGUACCGCCACAAGUACAAACUGCACGUAAACAGUUUGGGUUCUCCUUCGCCUCUCUUCAAAUGCGAGCUUUGCAACGUUUUUUUCAAAAGCCGAAAGGGUUAUAUGGGGCAUUAUUCGAGCAGGCAUAACGAUACGGAAAUGGUCGACCCAGCAGAGGUGAAAGAGGAUCCUCCGGAAAACAGUGCGGUUCCAACUUCACCGCCCCCAGUGGCGAAAAAAAAGUUAUCGGACAAAUCGUGCGAUUGGGAGGAGAAGAGGCUAAAGGAGGAGAAACUGGUGGCCGAUAUCAUUAACCGAGUGAGGAGAGAGUGUGAGGCUCAAGGGGCCAUCGGCUCGCGCCGAGGCUACAGCAGAAGAACCACGUCUCUUAUGAACGUGAACUCGCAGGCCUGUUAAAGUUAGCAAUAAUCAUUUCAAAGUCGUUCGGUCGAAAUAUGUGUCUUCCUAGUUUUCUUCCAUUUUUCGUAGAAUGUUUGAAACGACUUUUGAUUAAGUUUUUCCAUUACCAAUCUCGCAAGAGACCGGAAAUAGUGAAAUGCAACUAUGUGCCAAUGAAACAUGCCAAAAUGAAUCUAUGUAUUAUAUUGUAUAUACAGUUCCUGUUUUAGAUAAGUAUACCUCAUAUACUUCCAUUGCUAGAUGCAGCGCAAUAUCAACAGUCAUUUUCAAGUGAGUCUUUUUAGCGUCAAAAACGUAAAUUUAAUAACAAAUUACUAUAUUUUUAUUGUAAUAUACGAUAAACUUAAGUGCUAGGAUUAGCGUUCUACUUGUGCCAGCUCAUAUUUACCAUUCAUAUGUAUACAUCUACUAGACAGAAUCAUCAUUUGCUCAAACAGCAAGCAAGUUUUUCAUUUUAUUUCAGCAUUAUUUUCGAUCAACUGUUGUAUAUACAUGUUAUACCUACUCAAUGUGAAUCAAGUAAGUGAUAUUAGGCUAGCAUUUUAUGGUUUGUGUUAAUGGUGUUUUCCAAACGAGAAUUUGCUCAUUUUGUUGAAGUUGUGUGAAAUUAUUUGGGUUGUUACAAUCAAGAUUUUCCUAUUUUAUUCAUUAAUUAGACAGUAUUUGUACCUAAUAUCAAAUAAAGUUAUAUACAUCCUACAAA